GCCAUAGCCAGACUUCCGGUGUGUAAAGAACGUAUGUGAAAAUGGCGCUCGCCAGGUGAGUCGCGCGAAGGCACCGGGACUUCUAUAAACAUACUGUUCCAGGAGGGAUUAUACGGCGUGGGAUAGGGUGUAUGUGCUGUAAUAGGUCGGGGGGUCAGUGACUGAGAGCUCCUACUAAGAAGGCUGGAUCAACGGGGGGGUUCGUGGAGAAUGCAUGGGGGGAGGGGAGGGACUGGCUGAGAGAGGGACACUGGCUGAGAGAGGGACACUGGCUGAGAGAGGGAGACUGGCUGAGAGAGGGACACUGACUGAGAGAGAGAGACUGGCUGAGAGAGGGGGACACAGACUGAGAGAGGGACUGGCUGAGAGAGAGGGACUGGCUGAGAGAGAGGGACUGGCUGAGAGAGAGGGACUGGCUGAGAGAGAGGGACUGGCUGAGAGAGAGGGACUGGCUGAGAGAGAGAGAGGGACUGGCUGAGAGAGAGAGAGAGACUGGCUGAGAGAGGGACUGGCUGAGAGAGGGACUGGCUGAGAGAGAGAGAGAGACUGGCUGAGAGAGAGAGACUGGCUGAGAGAGAGAGACUGGCUGAGAGAGAGAGAGACUGGCUGAGAGAGAGAGAGAGAGAGAGAGACUGGGCUGAGAGAGAGAGAGAGACUGGCUGAGAGAGAGAGAGAGAUCAGCUGAGAGAGAGAGAGAGACUGGCUGAGAGAGAGGAGAGACUGGCUGGAGAGAGAGUGGGUGAGAGAGAGAGAGAGACUGGCUGAGAGAGAGAGACAGACUGGCUGAGAGGGAGAGACUGGCUGAGAGGGAGACUGGCUGAGAGAGGGAGACUGGCUGAGAGAGGGAGACUGGCUGAGAGAGGGAGACUGGCUGAGAGAGGGAGACUGGCUGAGAGAGGGACACUGGCUGAGAGAGAGAGACUGGCUGAGAGAGGGGGACACAGACAGAGAGAGGGACUGGAUGAGAGAGAGGGACUGGCUGAGAGAGAGGGACUGGCUGGUCAGGAAUAAAACACACAUCCACAACUUUUCCAUGCUUGCUUGAGUAUCUGCUUAGAAAGUGUCAUACCAGCAUGUUUGAUGCUCCCUACUUCCAUAGUAUAAUACAAGUAUAUGUAUCAGUGCCACAUUGCACAUGUUGGUAUUAUAAUAGUUACAUUCCUUUACACUGCCUGGGCCAAAUGUAUUGACCUAUUUUUAAUAGUCAUCUUUUGUAGCGGAGAGCUAGUAUAAUCCACAGUAUCUCCGCUGGUAGACAGGAAAAACAUACAAUAAUCCAGUAAAGCAAGUACAGCAUACAAUAAAACCCGGUAGCGUUAUAAGGAUCCUUCCCUCCCAAGAACUAGACGACACAUAGGCUGGGAGUCAACUGAUGGUUUUUAUUCAUAAGCUCCAGUAUUUAUGUGCUUCCCCAUGCAAGGGGUUUCCAUAAUUACUUUACAGGGGUUGUACAGUAGGGGACUACAUGGGGAACUGAAUAUACAGGACAUUUCUCCUACCAUGCACUGCAGUAUGAGAGGGAUACUCCCAUAAUAAUAUCCUGUUAAGUGGAUUAUCCCUCUGUACAGCAGAACUGGCUUUUUACUUAAAACUCCAUAACUUAUAUACUAUUCGUGCCUUUGUACCGAAUGACCGUUCGGCAGAUAGCUGGGGUAUGAGCGCAUACUUCGUGAAAGUACCGCUCAGAUCUUAGCCGAACGCCGCACGAAAUACACUUUAAUAUAAACUCAUAAUUCCUCAAAGUCAUGAAUACACAUGUAGAGAGAAAGUACCGAAAGACCGUGGUCCCAAACGGCCUGGAAGUCCAGCGGUGUUCGUGCCGUCUAGUAGCCGAUUUUAAUUCCAGGCGCACGACGACCAAACACCGCUGGGCUAACAAAGGAUCCAAGAUGGCCGCCGCCGCGUGGUCGGUAUCCGAACAGUGGCCACCCUGAAAAUCUAUUAACUGCAGAGAGAUACAUUGUUGCCAUCCGUAAUGGGAGCCACACGACCCCCUGUGUGUGGUCUCCCAUUUGGUACUUUGUUCGUUUCACGAACAGUGUUGAAAUUCACUGUUCGUGAAACUACUAUAUGAAUGCUGGCAACUUUCCUGCCGCUAGCAUGCGAAUGCUCUCGUUCAUAUACAACACAGACUAGGGAACACGGACAUAUCAGGCAGUCUGAAAGCAACAAUAUCACAUAAAGGUAAAUACAGUCUUAAGUGGCUAGGUUUGCCACAUCUUUUCUUUAGAAUGUAAUUUAAUGAGAAAAGUGACAUUUUAAUUUCUGCAGAACCAAGAAAGUGGUGCGCCGCAUUAUUAUUAGUCACAUUGCUCUCUUCUCCCCCACAGUUUUUUGCCAGCUCCAACACAGCUGUCUCAGGAUCAGCUAGAGGCAGAGGAGAAGAUAAGAGCCCAGAAGUCACGCCAGACAGCACUGGUUGCAUCACGAAGAGAGCCACCUCCAUACGGACAUCGAAAGGGCUGGGUUCCGCGUGCUCCUGAGGUACGUUGCUUCUUGCCGAAAAGGAAACGUUAUGAAAAAUUACAUAUAUUGUAGCUAGAGAAAAUAUUGGUGUCUGGCUAACUGAGCCCAAAAUCUUAAGGAGACAAGCCCCUCUAUGUGACUAAAUCUGCACGAGCAAAGGCACAAGUUGUCAAACAUAAUAUCUUAGGUGGCAGAACGCGAAACUAUGGCGUUAGGAGUUAACCUGCUACAUUGGGGGACUAUCAAAAAUAUUGCCAAGGGGUGUCCUUAAUAUUGUCUCUGGUGGGGCACAAUCUGCAGAUUUAUUGAACUAUGAAAGUGGAAACUUAAGCACAAGAACUUAUUUGAAACUAACAAACGCUAAAUGUAAAUACUUUUUUUAAUACUGUGUAUCUCACGUCUGCUACUGGAAAUUAUUAGCAGUUAUGCUUACCCAACUGUAGGGUUUACUCACUAUAACAGUCAAGUGUCGACUGGAAACUUAAUUUGCAUGUAUUAGACCAUAAUAGCUAAGCCUACGCUAAAUUUUGCAGCACUUUUAGAUUUAAAUCUUUUUUUCAACGUAUUACUAUCCAUUGUUUAGUGUAUAAACUUCCUAAUGUGAAGAAGGACGUGAGAGGUGUUGAAGGAAGAUAUGACUGGGGUUGUUUACCUUUAGUGAUGCUUUUUGAGGGGUGUUUGGUAUUUCUCAUUUAUUCUAACUGUCUUUUCCUCUGCUUAGGAUUUCGGAGAUGGAGGUGCAUUCCCAGAAAUUCAUGUGGCACAGUACCCACUGGACAUGGGUAGAAAGAAGCGUGUGUCCAAUGCUUUGGCUGUUCAGGUUGAUGCAGAGGGAAAGAUUAAAUAUGAUGCCAUCGCUCGACAGGGGCAAUCAAAGGAUAAGGUAAGGAGGAACUCCAAGUCUGUGGCUUUAUAUGUGGAAAGAGAAGAUUUACAUUAACGUUGCAUCAACAUUGUUUCUAGACUUUGAACAAGAAAUGGGAGACGUCUGCACACAUAAUUAGAUAUAAAUGUACAAGAGUAUUGUUUCAUGAAAAAAAACAGGGUAUCCAUAAAGGGUAACAUAAAGUUUGGGUGGAUGGGAAUUUACGGGUAAAAUAUAGUUGUAGAUGCAUAACAUGCUCUCCCAGUGGAGAGCAAUAGUUCAACAGAGUUUGAGGUGCACAUUGCUGAAAACAUUUCAAAUAUUCAUUUUCUCUUAAAUCUAUUUGUUUAAGCAAAUGCAUGCACUUGGGGCAGGAGAAAUUAGGCAUAUGGUCAUAGUAUGAGUGCUGCAGGAGAGUUUAUUAAUGUCAGGCACAGGCAUUGGGACUCUUAAGACUAUGAAGGGUCAACUGAGGUGUUUUGGUCUAUUCAUUUCACUCAUUGUAGUCAGAUGACACGACGAUUUCUGCCUUUCACUCUUGUGUAUGCCUGUGAAAAAGGUGACCUCAGUGUGUCUUUGACCACUGAAAUGCGUGUAUACCAUUCAUAUUGUCUUGUAUGUGAUUCAAGUGCCCCAACUCUAAUCCCAGAUUUGUUUCUGCUACAGGUCAUUUUUAGCAAAUACACAGACCUGAUACCUAAAGAAGUGAUGAAUGAAGAUGAUCCCGAUUUACAAAGACCCGAUGAGGAAGCGGUUAAAGAGGUAAUUUAUCAUUCAUCCACCAUUUUGGAUUGUUAAACUGGAAUUAUCCUAAAUCAUUUCAAGACAGAGGGUCAGAAUAUUGGGACAGGUGCUAUGAGGAAAGUACAGUUCAUACAGAUAGAGGAUGGAUAUUUGGACAGAGUGCAGGUUCUAUGUGAAUGAUGAGGGCAGUGUCACCAUUUGACUAAGUAAAAGUGCAAAAUAUUCCCAUAAUAUUAUAUGUAUUGUUGUAUCUAGUGUGCAGGCCAUACACACUAACCGUCAGCUUUUUUUCACCACUCUUAGCUGACAGAAAAAACCCGUCAGGCUCUCGAUAAGGCUGUAUCCCAAAAGAUAGCAGCCGCAAUGCCAGUCCGGGCAGCAGACAAGCUGGCACCAGCACAGUACAUCAGGUAAGCUGGCAUAAAUACUGAAGCUAUUAAUAAUUUGCACAAAAGAUAUUGGAUACAUUUAACGGUGGUGGCAUUUAUGUUAUUGAUCAUUUUUGUUUUUUUGGGGGGAUUUUGUGCGUUUAUGACCUACAAUAAUUAGGCAUAUUUUUUUUUGUUGUUCUAAUUUAUUUUUUAUUUGCUGCAUUAUUUCAUAAUGUGCAUUCAUACAUAUUCAUAUAGAUCUUGUGAUCAUGAAAUUAUCAAAAGUUGAUUGGAUUCUGCAGAGUUCCUUGGAGUUAGUUGAGGUCCAGCAAUAGACUGGUAUGCCCAAGGUACAGAAGGUGCCUCCAACCCACUACUAUGAACUAAGGCAUCUUAUUGGAUGAAGCUAACCUAGUAAAUGUCAUAAACUCUAUCUGCACACAUGUUCUGCUUAUUAUACGUUUAUAAACUUGGCGUAUUCACUGUAUAGUCAGAAAAUGAUGAGUGUGGACCAUAAUAUGCAUGUUUGUCUUCCUAUAGGUACACUCCAUCGCAGCAGGGUGUCGCGUUCAAUUCUGGUGCCAAACAGAGGGUAAUACGAAUGGUGGAAAUGCAAAAGGAUCCAAUGGAGCCACCUCGUUUCAAGUGAGUUGUUUUUUUUGUUUUGUUUUUUAAAUUCUUUAACUUGUGUUCUUUUUGAGCUGUUUAUGGUAAAAUGCAUCAUGUUCUAUUAAGGGAGUCCCUAUAGAUAUAUUGUAACAGAUGAGUGGGUUGUGUUGAAAUGUGCAGGGAAAGGAUCUAACAUGUUUUUUUGUUUUGUAGAAUUAACAAAAAGAUCCCACGUGGUCCCCCGUCCCCUCCAGCCCCCGUCAUGCAUUCUCCAAGCAGGAAGGUAAGUGUCAUGCUCUCUGAUCAAAUUGAUCUAAUGGCCAAAGGGUCAUGUUUGUCCCUUUGUUAGUUACUAUGCAGCUCUUUGAAGCGCUCCUUGCAUUUCACAGAGUUUAACAGCAUCUUGCAAAUCCUCAUAGGAAAACAUUGAUCAAUGCUUUCCUAUGGGGAAGGCCUAAUGUGUGAGCAUAGCUUGCUGUGCGUGUGCAUUAGGUUUCCUCUUGUGCUGACUUUCGGAGGAGUUUGAGACAGAGUUUGAGACAGAGUGUUUUGAGAGAUUUUUUUAUUUUAUUUUUUUUAACCCUUUGAUUGCUGUGGUGGCAGAGGGACACUAGUGUUGGGAAUAUAGCUGUGUAUUCUUAGCACUAUAGCGUUCCUUUAACUUUGUAUCUGUGCAACAGAUGUCACUUGUCUCAUAGAGGCUGCAUUGUUAUAGUUUAUCACAUUUUUGUAAAUGUGUUCAAUUAGUGUCUCUUGUAGCUCCUCUGAAUCACUUAUAAAUCCCUUAAGUUGAGGACAUUUUCUUCUUUUGAUGGCCCCUCUUUUAUUUUGUACAUCACCUCUUAGAAUCUGUACCACAUUCAUGUUACCUGCCUGUUUAUUUUAAACCUUUGUAUCAGCAAAUGUGCCGGGCUGUGCACUGCAUUUGUAGGGUUACGUUCCAAAUUACCUGCAAUAUCAUGGAAAGCAUUUGUGUGUUGUUCAGCUGUGAUGCAAAAUGUAUUUAUGUUAACUUUUUGUAUUUCAGAUGACUGUCAAGGAACAGCAAGAAUGGAAAAUCCCUCCGUGUAUCUCCAACUGGAAAAAUGCCAAAGUAAGGUCAAGGCUAGAGUGUACUUCAAUAUAGGAUGUAUAGAGAAAUGCUGUUGCCAUCAGGUGGCUCAUAAAUAAUCAGGUUGCCUGGCAACACCAUCAAGGAGCUGGCUUACAUUUUAAUUUUAAAAUAAGUAUUACUUUUCAGAAUUGUUGGAUUUAAUACAGAGGAUAUAAAGUUAUAUUUAAUGCAGUAGGAGAGCUGUAUUUUAGUGUUUCCCAUUAAUGUGGUGUAGUUUGAUCACUUAUCACUUUCAUGUGAUGUUAUUAAUUGCUGAUUUUGAAUACAAAUGUUUCUUGGUGCGUUGGCUACAUUUCUUCCAACACAAAGUAGAGCAAACAUAUAAUUAAUUAAAAGAAAAAAGUAAAUAUUAGAAAUGUUUGCUCUCUAUGUAUAGUCCUGCCUCACAGAUUGUCUGCAUAUGUGUUUGAAGGCUAGUCUAUCAUCAUAUUGCAGAUGUAGCUAUUAGUGGAUUGAAGGAAUUUACUAAAUGAUUGCUUUGGUAUUUGUAUUUAAACUGUAGAUACUCAGUGUGGUAUGGUCAAAUAAACACUUUUUUUCUCUCCUUUGUUUAACGUAGGGUUACACUAUACCACUGGAUAAGCGUUUAGCAGCAGAUGGCCGAGGGCUGCAAACUGUUCAUAUCAAUGAAAACUUUGCCAAGUUGGCUGAAGCCUUGUACAUUGCUGACAGAAAGGUAUGUGUGUCUGACAGUGAAGGGUCAAACUAACAAGAACAGAAUGUCUGUGAUACUCAUUUCAGCAACUGCAAUAUUACAGGCAUGUUAGGAGUGUCUUAGUCAUUAUAAUUCUGUCAGCUGCAAUAUAAGAUUUUUUUUAAUUCUAGAUAUCUUGCGACAAAAAGCCUGCUCUAUACACUGCAUUGGAGAAUGAUUGAAUUCCACAAGAAUAUGUUGUAAAACCAUUCAUUGGCUUGUAUAAAGGGCCUAAGCACAAGUUUAGGAUAUCAAUAGACUAUAUUGCAUGGCUGUUUUAUUUUUCCUUUAAGAUCCUUGUCCAAGUGAUACACCUUUCUGUUUCUUUCAUUGGUUUGUUUAGAUCCAAACCAGAACACAGUCUGAAAAGCUGUACUUUAAAUAGUUGGAGAUUGCUAAGGGAACUUGGAAAUGGGGUCAGGAAAUUCCGUUAACUAUUCACAGUUUAUUGAAUGGCAUUAUUGUUUUGCAUGCCAUCCUGACAUUGCCAUUCACUAAACAUGGAAAUGUGGAUAUUUCACAAGGGGAUUGCAAAUUUUAGACCAAAUUAUUGAAACAAGAAAAUCCACUAAUUUUCCAGCUUUAGAGAGGUUUGCUAAAAACCUAAAUCCCUUCUCAAUUUGCAAAGUCUUGGUUUUAUUAAUAAUCCUGUUAGGGCUUUAGAAACGCAAUGAUCGUGAGUCAAUGCUUACAGAGCAGAUGUAUUUAGAGACCUUAGUGUAUUGGGAUGUGUAUUGUACAUGGUGUAUAUAUCAUGAGUGUCUUUCCCCAGGCACGAGAAGCUGUGGAGAUGCGAGCGCAGGUUGAGAGGAAGAUGGCUCAGAAGGAGAAAGAGAAGAAAGAAGAAAAGCUUCGGGAACUGGCGCAGAUUGCAAGAGAGCGCCGUGCUGGGAUAAAGUCUCAUGAAGAAAAAGGUGGGAAUCAGCAGCUGGGGUUAAUGUGUUUUGGAAGAGUAGUACAAUGUGUGUAAUAUAAAAAAAACAAUAAACAAUGAUACUAAGUGAAAAUAAGAUCCAAAAAGCAUUGUCUUAAACUGUUAAUUGGAUUUUCUGCCGCUUACACCUGCUGUGUUUAUUGAUGCAGUAAGACUGGUGCCUUAAGUCUGCCACCCUUAACCGUGCCUCUCCACCAUUUCUACCUGUCGCUUUUAUGUGCGUGUCCAUCGCUUUUAUUUGUUUCCAAACAUGCAGUGUGAAGCUGGUGAGGGGGAUUAUAGUAUAAAUGGUCCAUCCUCCGUGCACUAAUUCCUAAUUACAGUGGUGUCCGAGGUCUGAGCAGAUACUGGAUGGAGAUUUUGGUGGCAAAGUGUUGUUGUAUGAUAACCUGCAUUUUAGUUUGUGGUUUGUACCGAUUGCAAACUGAAAUGUCAGUAAAAAAUGUCCUGCAGCAGCUGAGGUAAGUGAGUCACAUAGAGAAUAGUGUACUUAAUGCCAAAUGGUUAUUAACCAAUUCCUAAAACAGAAGACUGAAAAAAAAAAAAGUAUGCGGAACUAACUUUGCAGAUUUUAACUCCACUUUGUGCUAAUGCAUAAAAAGUUAUUUACACCCAGUAUGUUUCAAACAAAUAUAUAUAUAUAUAAUAUAGUAACCUUGCAAAUUUACUUCUGCAGAGGAUAGUGAAGCGAGAGAGAGGAAUGAAAUCCGUGACACCAGGCGUAAAGAGCGACAGCAUGAUCGUAACCUCUCCCGAGCGGCUCCAGACAGGAGGUGAGAUAACAUACUAUGUUCAAGAUGUCUAACCAGGGACCUUGAUGAUUAGACUCAAAACUUUUUUUUUUUUUUGUUUUACUUUUAUUUUGCUCAUUAGGCCCAAACUGCAGAGAAACGAGGAUAGAGAUAUCAGUGAACAAAUUGCUCUGGGCAUUCCCAACCAACGGGCAUCUAAUGACAUUCAGUAUGACCAGCGACUUUUCAACCAGAGCAGGGUAAGACUUCUCUAUGUAUUUACACCAUGUCUGCAUUAAAUUAGAUGUUGAUCUACAAUCUCAGCGCUCACACGGAUGUGUGAUAUAAUGUCUGAUCUUUACAGUUGGAUCUUGAUAAUUUGUUAAGAAUCAGUAGAAUUUGUCUGUGGGAGACUUCAAAAUAAUAGGCGGUGGAGAUGGUGGUUGUUGGAAUUUGAUAGCCAAAAAGACUGGUACGAAAUUAAUAGGUUUCUUGUUAUUUUAUGCAGCCAAAGUUACAGGUGAAAAUAGUUUAGCUGGAAUUUUAUUGCUAAAAUGGCUUUUAGUGCAGUAUUUCACAUCUAAAUUGGAGUUGUAAUGUAGGCAUUUUGGUGCACUAAAUGUCCGGGGAUGUAAAAAGAUGUAUUUCCACUGUUGCAUCUGUUUUGGCAUAUGUGAGUCUUCAGUUAAAGGGACACUGUAGGCACUAUAGCUAUUUCAUUAAACUGGAUACAAUGCCUGGAGUCCAUUGGCACUGCCUUCAUUCAUUGUUAAAUAAUUUUCUAGCAUUAUAAGUGAAUGGGAUCCCUGGCUUCCCAUAGCGCCAACCCCGCUGGGGAGCAUAUGGCUAAGGAGAAUUCAUAACAGCAAUGGCACCGAUAGGCUGACACUCUCAACCAAUCACAGCUGCCUAUUGUUGCAUAUGCGAAUGAUUCCUAAUUAUCCCAAGUAGCACAGAGGGCAUUGGUUGCUGGUGACUUUUUAAAAAAAAAUUUUUUUUUUACGGUUAAAUCAUUUAAAAACGGUUCUAUGCUGAAUGCAAUGACAGCACCUGGGGACUCUAGACACUAUUACCACUUCAAUGAGAUUAAGCAGUUAUGGUGCCUGCAGUGUUCCUUUAUGUAUAUAUUGCAUAAUUCUUGCAUUUUGUUAAUUUCAUUAUUAUAAUCUUUUAAGUUUAACAACCUUCCAUUCCGUAUUCUCUUUCAAGGGCAUGGACAGUGGGUUUGCAGGAGGAGAGGAUGAGGUUUAUAACGUUUAUGACCAGCCGUGGAGAAGCAACAAGGAAAUGGCACAGAACAUCUACCGUCCCAGCAAGAAUACAGAUAAUGAUGUGUAUGGUGCUGAUCUGGAUACACUGAUGAAAACUAACAGGUGAGAGAACUAGAGCAAGUUCUGGCUGGUAGGAGAGAAUAAAGUUUAUUAUAGUUGUUCCACAUGGUGUGAGAUCAUGUGCCUAAAUGAGUAACAACCCUAUACGAAAUUCUUGUUACAACAUCUGCAAAUUGGACUCUUAAUUCUAAUACAUGUGUCUUGGUUAUUAAAACAAGAUGGAUUGCUUUAUGAUGCUAAUCAGCCUAUUUUUUAAGAAUCAUGCAAGGAUUAUUUUAGCGAAUAUCUUCACUACCAGGUUAUUUAAAAAAAGACAACUUAUUUUUUUUUUCUUUCAUGUUGUUUCAUUGGGCAUUAACAGCAUUCAGUACUAAACAGUAGCGGGAAAAAGCUGAGCAAAAUAAUAGAAAUAUUUAUAUAAUAAGUUUGUAUAGAAGCAGUCAUGAUAUGUAUGCAUACCUCCGUUGCUCAUGUCUGUGUUUUUAGGCAUGCAGAGAUUAAAGUAAUUAUAGGAGCACCAUCUUCUGGAAUGUGUAUGUUUCACUUCUUGUAAUCCCAGGGGCAUCACGCUAGUGCUGGAAUAAACGUUAUCAAAUGAGAAUGUAUUUUAAGGUUAUUGGAUUAGGUUUGGAAAUAGAAAGAUUAAUUUGGCCACACUUGUUGUAUACUCUUAUAAUAUGAAUUCAUAUGUGAUUGGAAGAUUUUAUGAUGAUGUCCUCAGAGGUAGUGAGCAGCCUGUAUGAGAUAUAUCUCUUAGCCAGUACAAGUGGGACUUUUGCAGGUUCUAUCUUCAAUGUUAUUUAUUUUCUACAGGUUUGUUCCUGACAAAGAGUUUUCUGGCUCAGACCGCCGGCAGCGUCGGGAGGGAGGACCUGUUCAGUUUGAAGAAGAUCCCUUUGGCUUGGACAAGUUUUUGGAAGAAGCCAAGCAGCACGGAGGAUCUAAGCGUCCCGACAGUGGCCGUGCUAAGGAACAUGAUCAUGAUGGAAAGAAACGCAGAAAAGAAUGAGGAGCCCUGCUCCUUAUAUAGGACUGGUUACUCUGCUGGAUGGUCAUGUAGUAGGGCCCCUUUCUUUAAAGACACAUUUUUAAAAGCAGAAAUGUAUUUUCCAAAUCUACCUUUAGGUUUUGUGUAAAGAAACAGGACAGGAAGGUAAGAAUCUACAGGUCCCAAUUGUAUAUAGAUUUAUAUAUUAUUUUUCAAAGGCAGGGUAUUAUCUACUACCAAGCUUGCAAUGCUACCAAGACAACUAACUGGGGAGCAUAAGGGAUUUGUGUACAUAAACUAACUUUUUUUUCCCCCACCUCUUCCCCUGAAGUGAGCACUUGUUUAAUAAAUGAAUGUCCUAAAACAAAAACUGAUUUUCCUUUAAUGGUUAAGAUCUAAUGGCAUUUUUCACUUGUGACCUAAACAAGGCUAUAACUUACUGCAGGCUUUGUUUUUGGUGGGGCGGGUGAUGCGACACCUUCCCAAUAAAUUCAGACAUCGGUAUUGCCGUGAUAACAAAUGUAUCAUUCAUUUUCUGAGAGGUGAUAUCAGGACUUUCUCAACAGAAAGCAACCUUACUAGGCCCUUGUCUCUAAUAUAUAUUACACACAUUUUAGAGACAAACCUCGUAUGGCAUAUUUAAAUAUAGUGGCUUAAUGAACAUGUCAAAUAUUUAGACUAAGCAUACUGGAAGAAUGAAAGAGUUGUCAACUUUAACUUGAGCUUUGAAAAAUGAACCUUGAAUUCCCAACAAUUCUCUCUUUAGUAAGUAACCCUGUAUGUUAGAUGUAGGAUGUGCUCACCCUUCCAGGAGUGCAGUGAAAGUAUUCUUCUUGCACUCAGGCUAUCUUUUCAGUACUUGUGUUGGAAAGGAGGAGAAUAUAAUUCAGUUUUUAUUUUGUUUUAUUUUAAGUUUUUAAAUCCUCUAUAAUAAAGCACUGUUUUCAGUCUCGGUCAGGGUUUCUGGGCAGACUUCUUUUCAGUUGAACCUGGAGCUGAAACAAGAAAAUAAGACUGUUACAUACAUCAUAAGGAGUGUUCUGUCUAUUUCAAACAAGCAGGUUUGUUUAUGAAAGUGAGAAUUUAAAGUCAAAGAACCAAACAUUUUCUAUGUUGGCUAUGCUUUCAGUUUGACUAUUUCCUUAAAGGGACACUCCAGCUACUUGAAGUGGAUGCUGUGCCCCUAUUACACUUAGUGCCGCAAUGUUAAACACUGGGGGGGGGGGCGCUUCCGUAAUCUAAAUAGAAUUUUGGUCCGUUAUCUGACGCUGGACGUCCUCUGCGUCAGAUAAGUAGCUGAAGAGGCCCUGCAGGUUUUUUUUCUGGCACUGGCGAGUCCCUUUAAAAGUAAAAUUCACUUUAAAUUCUCACUUUAGUAAAUAACUCUCAAAGUACUGAAGCUCGCAAUGCUCCCUACAAACCAUUUUCUCAAACACGGACGGUACAGCAGCCUGAAAUAAAACUGUCCUAGGAGGUAGAUACAGAAUAUCUUUGCAGAUGCUGGCAAAACUAUAGGUUGUAGUUUUCUAAACUGACUUAAUCCUAUAAACCUCUUUAUUCAUUGUUAGAUGUAGCUCAGUCUCCAGCUGCAGUACCAGUCAGAUGACUAGUGCAAAAGCAAUGAGUAACACUGUUCCUCCAAACCCUUGCAGCUGGAGUGAGAAAGGGACUCGCAAAUUCCAAACAAGUUGGGUGUAACGCGAACACACACAAAAACCACAGCUACUUCAUCUUAAAGAAAAAUUGCAGUCUUAUGGCUCAAUAAAUUUGCCUAAAAUAAGCAUUUGCUAGGGCCUAUUAUUUCCAUAUUUAAUUUCUCCUUUGCUGACUACCAGUUGAAAUGGAUGGGAAAAACACAUAACAGUAACUGUCAGCAAAGAUGGAAGUUUUCAGUUAACAGAUAAAGGGAUGGUUAAACAUUAAAUGUUAAGAUCCACAACCCAAAUACAUAUGUUAAAUAUACUGCAGAUUCUAGCUAGUAUUUUCUUUUCUACCUUUGCUCCUUCGAUGAGGUGUGUGUCCUUUUGAAGCGUGUUCUGCAACCCUUCUUCUGACGUGAAUGUGACCCAACUGUAUCCUUUGUGGAACCCAGUCUCUUUGUC